CCAGCCUUGCUUCUCUUCCCUUCUUCUUCGCGACCUCAUUCUGUUUGCCCCUGAACCGGUGCCGUGUGUGCAACCAAAUGGAGAAGGCGGCGAGGAGGCGUCAGGUGCCGGCGUUCGGGGAGUGGAACUACUACUACCACUACGACGAGCCACAGGAGGUGGCGCCGCCCGCCGCGGCGUACUGCUAUGGCGCCGCCGCGCCCGAGCCGGAGGCCUGCAGCGACGUGUGGUUCAGGUACUCGCCUCCCCAGCGCAAGCCCACGCCUGCCAAGAAGCCCAGGAGGAGGGCGCCGGAGGGCGACAGUGAUGCCUCUCUGGAGAAGAAGGGGAGAAGGAGCGCGAGGCCGGCGCCGGAGGCUGGCAGCGGCCUGUCGCGCGCCACCAGGGUGGUCCGGCCGGUCGACGAGGACCUGUACCAGGUGCCGCCGCCGGAGCUCGCCUCCUCCCACAGGCGCCGCCCCAGGAGGAGGAGCCUGUGGAUGGGAUGCUUGGGAUGCGUCGCCUGA